GCCAUCAUCUGUUACGCUUAGCGGCGGUGGCGAGAGAAGAGUAGCCUACCCCUUAUUGAUACUGUAUCCCUGAAAUAUUCAAUAACGCAUACAUAAUAUCGAUGUAUUCGCGUGUACAUAAAAAUACAUAAUGUAUUAGAAGGGUCCAAUUCAGAGAUAGAUAAUGGGCUGUGUACAAUGUAAGGACAAAGAGGUAGCGAAACUUACAGACGACAGAGACGCCGGCAUCGCCCAGAACUCAGGGUACCGCUAUGGGGCUGACCCGACCCCGCAGCACUACCCCAGCUUCGGGGUCACCGCCAUCCCCAAUUUCAACAACUUCCACGCGCCUGUCAGCCAGGGGGUGGCCGUCUUCGGCGGGGUGAACUCGUCCUCCCGCUCUGGGACGCUGCGGUCCCGCGGUGGAACGGGCGUGACGCUCUUUGUAGCGCUGUACGAUUAUGAGGCCCGGACAGAGGAUGACCUCAGCUUCAGGAAAGGGGAGAAGUUUCAGAUUCUCAACAGCACUGAAGGGGAUUGGUGGGAGGCUCGCUCUCUCACUACAGGUGGUACUGGCUACAUUCCCAGUAACUAUGUGGCUCCAGUCGACUCGAUACAGGCUGAGGACUGGUACUUUGGAAAACUGGGCCGGAAGGACGCGGAGAGACAGCUGCUCUCCAGUGGAAACCCGCGGGGUACCUUUCUUAUCCGGGAAAGUGAAACCACCAAAGGGGCCUUCUCCUUGUCCAUACGAGACUGGGAUGACAUUAAAGGAGACCACGUGAAGCAUUACAAAAUUCGCAAGCUAGACAGUGGUGGCUAUUACAUCACCACCAGAGCCCAGUUUGAGACACUUCAACAGCUGGUCCAGCAUUACUCAGAGAGGGCCGCGGGGCUUUGCUGCCGCCUGGUGGUGCCCUGUCACAAAGGCAUGCCCCGUCUGGCCGACCUUUCCGUCAAAACCAAAGACGUGUGGGAGAUCCCGCGGGAGUCGCUGCAGCUCAUCAAACGCCUCGGGAACGGCCAGUUUGGGGAGGUCUGGAUAGGGACGUGGAAUGGGACCACCAAGGUGGCGGUGAAGACGCUGAAGCCGGGCACCAUGUCACCCGAGUCAUUCUUAGAGGAGGCCCAGAUCAUGAAGAAGCUCCGACACGACAAGCUGGUGCAGCUGUACGCUGUGGUGUCUGAGGAGCCCAUCUACAUCGUCACCGAGUACAUGAGCAAAGGAAGUUUGCUGGAUUUCCUAAAGGACGGUGAAGGACGGACACUGAAGCUCCCGAACCUGGUCGACAUGGCUGCACAGGUGGCUGCAGGCAUGGCAUACAUCGAGAGAAUGAACUACAUCCACAGGGACCUCCGAUCCGCCAACAUUCUAGUGGGAGACAGCCUUGUGUGUAAGAUUGCUGAUUUUGGCCUGGCCAGGCUGAUCGAGGACAACGAGUAUACGGCCCGACAAGGUGCAAAGUUCCCCAUCAAGUGGACUGCGCCUGAAGCUGCCCUGUAUGGGAAGUUCACCAUCAAAUCAGACGUGUGGUCAUUCGGGAUCCUGCUGACAGAGUUGGUGACCAAAGGGAGGGUACCCUAUCCAGGGAUGAAUAAUCGAGAGGUGUUGGAGCAGGUGGAGCGGGGAUACAGGAUGCCCUGUCCUCAGGACUGCCCAAGCUCUCUGCACGAGCUCAUGGUGCAGUGCUGGAAAAAGGACCCUGAGGAACGGCCCACCUUUGAGUAUCUGCAGGCCUUCCUGGAGGACUACUUCACAGCCACAGAGCCACAGUACCAGCCUGGGGACAACCUCUAAACGCAAUGCAGAUCCACCUAUUACCAUAACAGUGUACCGACUACACUCCAGUACAAUUUCCCUAUGCAGGCCUGUUACCACAGCAAGAAAUGUACUGUCCCCACCUUUCUCUCAAAUACAAACUGCCCUACAUAGGGCUGUCUCCGUGGCAGCGCACAGACUGCCCACCCAAUACAAACUGCUCCACACGAUUGCCAGCUGGAUGUGUCCAGAUGCUCAAGGCUCAUAAGUCAGACGGCAUUUUGGGGUUACUGGUCUUCGUGGGUUGGGGUGUUGGGGAAAGGGUGUACUCAAAUUAAAUAACGAUGAUAUUGUUAUGCCUGUAUUUAUUGUAAAUAUGAAUUGCUUGUUUACUUCUCCCCUGUUUUACUUGUUUCCUUAUGAUGUUUUUCCUAUUCAUGUUAUAUGAAUAUUCAUUUCCUGAGGACAAAUACGGUGACAAUGAUGAUAAUGAUAACAGUGGUAAUCCCUGAAAUAAUAGGAUUAAACCGUUUGACCCCCUAA